AUGACAACCUAUCAAGAAUAUAUUACACAAAAUGAAGAACGCGAUGGUAUUCGUUUUACAUGGAAUGUUUGGCCAUCAAGUCGCAUAGAAUCUACUAGACUUGUUGUUCCAUUUGGUUGUUUAUAUACACCAUUAAAAGAACGUUUUGAUCUUCCACCAUUAAAUUAUGAUCCUGUUCUAUGUACACGUACAACAUGUCGAGCAAUAUUAAAUCCAUUUUGUAAUGUUGAUUAUCGUGUAAAACUUUGGAUAUGUAAUUUUUGUUUACAAAGAAAUAAUUUCCCACCACAUUAUGCAGGUAUUACUGAACAAUUACAACCUGCAGAACUUUCACCACAAUUUACAACAAUUGAAUAUGCAUUAAUGCGUGCACCAGCUUCACCAGCUAUAUUUUUAUUUGUUGUUGAUACAUGUAUGGAUGAAGAUGAUCUCAUAGCAUUAAAAGAAUCAUUACAAAUGGCAUUAAGUUUAUUACCAACAGAUGCUCUUGUUGGUUUAAUUACAUUUGGUCGUGUAGUACAUGUUCAUGAAUUAAAUUGUGAGAAUAUGUCACGUAGUUAUGUAUUUCGUGGAACGAAAGAUUUAACUCCGAAACAAAUUCAGGAAAUGCUUGGUUUAAAGAAACAACAACAACCGAAUCAAGCAUCAUUAUCUGGAAAUCCAAAUAUACCGCAACAACAAUCGAAUAUAUUUCAUAACAAAUUUAUUAAACCAUUAUCGACAUGUGAUAUGUCGAUAACAGACAUUCUUGGUGAACUUCAACGAGAUCCAUGGCCAGUACCACAAGGUAAACGUGCAUUACGAUCAACAGGAGCUGCACUAUCAAUUGCCACUGGUUUACUCGAAACUUUGUAUCCAAAUGUUGCUGCUCGUAUUAUGGUAUUUUUUGCUGGUCCAUGUACACAAGGACCAGGUAUUAUAGUUGAUGAAGACUUUAAACAUACAAUUCGUUCUCAUCAUGAUAUUGAAAAAGACAAUGCAAAAUUUAUGAAGAAAGCGAAUAAAUUUUAUGAAGGUUUAGCUAAUCGAGCAGCUGCUAAUGGACAUGUUAUUGAUUUAUAUUCAUCAGCAUUGGAUCAGACUGGUUUACAUGAAAUGAAAUAUUGUUCAAAUUAUACAGGUGGUCAUAUGGUAAUGGGUGAUUCAUUUAAUACAUCAUUAUUUAAACAAACAUUUCAAAAAGUAUUUGCUAAAGAUAAUAAAAAUGAAUAUCGAAUGAAUUUUGGUGCUACUCUAGAAAUUAAAACAAGUCGAGAAUUGAAAGUCUGUGGUGCUAUUGGUUCUUGUGUUUCAUUAACACAACGUGCAUCAAAUGUUUCAGAAACUGAAUUAGGUAUAGGUGGAACAAAUGCAUGGAAAAUUUGUGGAAUUUAUCCUACUUCAACUCUUGCAAUUUUCUAUGAAAUACUUAGUCAACAACAAGAAACAACUCAAGCUGUACCAAUGGAUCAAAGAGGUUAUGUACAAUUUAUUACACAAUAUCAACCAAUAUCUGGAUUUAAGAAAAUUCGUGUAACAACUGUCGCAAGAAAUUGGAUCGAUGCAGCCUCACAUAUGCCAACGAUCGCUGCAUCAUUCGAUCAAGAAUGUGCUAGUGUAUUAAUGGCUCGUAUAGCUGUCUAUCGUGCUGAUACUGAAGAAGGUUCUGAUGUACUUCGUUGGUUAGAUAAAAUGCUUAUUCGACUUUGUCAAAAAUUUGCUAUUUAUGAUAAAGAUAAUCCAGGUUCAUUUCAGUUAACAGAUACAUUUACAUUGUAUCCACAAUUUAUGUAUCAUUUACGUCGUUCACAAUUUCUUCAAGUGUUUAAUAACAGUCCAGAUGAAACAGCAUUUUAUCGACAUUAUUUACUUGUUGAAGAUUUAACACAAUGUUUAGUUAUGAUUCAACCUAUACUUUAUGCUUAUUCAUUUAAUGGUCCACCUGAACCUGUACUUCUUGAUAGUAGUAGUAUAUUACCUGAUCGUAUACUUUUAAUGGAUACAUUUUAUCAUAUAUUAAUUUAUCAUGGUGAAACUAUUGCACAAUGGAUAAAAGCUGGUUAUCAAGAUUUACCAGAAUAUGAAAAUUUUAAACAACUUUUACAAGCACCUAUUGGUGAUGCAACAGAAAUUCUUCAAAAUCGUUUUCCUAUGCCACGUUAUAUUGUUACUGAAGCUAAUGGAUCACAAGCACGAUUUCUUUUAUAUAAAGUAAAUCCAUCACAAACACAUACUAAUUGUGGAUGGGGACAAGCUCUUGGAGCACCCAUUCUAACCGAUGAUGUUAAUUUACAAACAUUUAUGGAACAUUUAAAGAAACUUGCUGUGUCUACAUCUACAUAA